CCCAGACCUAAUUUUUCACUUGCCCUAGACGAAGAAGAACAGUGCAUUGUUUUUUUUCGACCAAGGCGCUCUCCACUGCGGCAUCCAUUCUGGGUCACCGGCACAGCGUCCCUGCAGUGCCUACAAUGAGCAGCGGAGCAAACGAGGGAGAAGCUGAGAGCUCAUCUGGAUCGGGAUCGAGCAAUUCUUCCACCGUCGAGAUCAGGAUCAGGACAUUGGACUCGGCGAGCCACACUGUUCGAGUAAACAAGGAUAUAUCUGUGCCUGCCUUGAAAGAGCAACUCCAGGAACUGGUGGGAAUUCCAGCGCAGGACCAAAGGCUGAUUUGCCGCGGGAGAGUGCUGAAAGACGAUCAACUUCUAUCGGCUUACAACGUUGAAGACGGGCAUACGUUGCAUUUGGUGGCAAGGCCGCAACCACAGUCCGGUGAAACUCAAGCUCAAGCCGAUCAAGCGAGUGCGCAAGGACAAGCGGAUCCGAACCAGCAAGGCCGGGGAGUCACUCACAGUCUCGUCGUUGGAACUAUCAAUGUUCCGACUGUCGGGGAUGGAGGGAUUCCUGAUUUUAAUAGAAUUGUUUCGGCUGUUCUUGGCUCUGUUGGAAACCUUCCAGGAUCAAACGUUCCCAUGGGUCCGGCCGACUUGCAACAAGGUACACCUCUUACGGCCCCGCGCCUGGGCCUUUCCUUUGGAGGAAACCAGGGGUUUCAGGUUUCGCCUGAUGCACUGACAACAAUGGCAAUUUAUCUCAGUCGCAUGGAACAAAUGUUUGGACUUGCGAGUGCUCAGCCUUCAAACCAGCCUUCGAACCAGCCUUCGAACCAGACUCCGGACCAGACUCCGAACCAGACUCCGAAUCCGCCAUCAAACCAGCCCCAGACUCAGAACCAAAGCUCAAGCCAGACUUCUCCUCCUGCUCUCGGUGAACCUUCUGCAAAUGGGCAAAGGAGUCCUCCUGCAGUGAAUAGACCGCUUUUCAGUCCGGCAGCGCUGGGUGGAAUCAUUCGUCGUACGCAGUCGCUACUUGCUGGUCAGGCUGCGGUGCUUCUUGCUGCAUUGGCUGGACAACUUGAGAACGAAGUGACACUGGCCGACGUCAAUAUGCGUGGAGAGGUCCAAGCUGCUGCUGCUUGGAGUGGGACGAUUAUGCAGCAGCUUGGGGCUCUACUGAUGGAACUUGGCAGGACUACCAUGACUUUGCAUAUGGGAUCCACGCCUGCUGAAGCCUUUGUAAAUUCUGGUCCGGCAGUUUUCGUUUCUCCUACUGGACCAAAUCAGAUGAUGGUUCAGCCGAUGCCUUUUCAACCGAUAGGUACUUUCCCUGCAAGAUCACCGUUUCCUCCGGGGUGGCCAGGUGCUCAAGGACCAAGAAGCCUGAACAUCCACAUUCAUACGAGUGAUACCGGAGUACCUUCAACGAAUGCUCCGGCCGCGCCUUCUACCGAAGAGGGAGGAUUACCACAGCAACCACAGGUUCCUAUGACUGGAAUACCAGCGGGCGUUUUAGAUGGUGCUGGCCAAGAAAACGUUGGAGAUGACAACUCGCAGGGCAUUCCCAGUGCUGUGGUACAAGAGACGAUCAUGGUUAUCCAGGAUAACGGUGACGCUCGGGUGCUAUCGUCUCGCUCCAGGAACUUAAGCCCUGGAGCUUCACCAGCCGACAACGAAGGUACAGUUGGUGCUAAUUCCAGUGUGCCUAUGCAAGCUGCCCCAACGGCACAAAUGGCACAGGUUUCACAGGCGCUAAACCAGCUCUGGCCUGGAGGGCUUGCAAACUUAAGAGCUCCACAGCAUCCACAGCAGUUUAAUGGCUCCGCGAUGGGCAUGGGAUCCAAUCCUUUGACGUCGAUGCUGGGAGCUACACUCGGCCAACUUGCUGGUUUCCAAACAGGAAAUUUUCAGGUACCAGCUCCGUUUAGCUCGCAAGUUUUUCCACAAGGACCAGCUCCUCCCACCACUACUCUGGCGCAAGCACAAGUCUCCAUGCCUCAGCAGCCUGCUAGUGUUCCAGCACCUCAACCAUCUCCAAGCGAGACUUCUUCAAUCCCAUUUCAGCCGCCCUCACAACCAUCGACAGAUUCUCGUGAUGCAAUCAACAGGUCAGUCGACCAAACAGCUCCUAACACCUCUACUCCGACUGCUCCCCAGCCUAGCUUAAAUCCUCCGGCUGGCUUGGGUUUGGGCCGCUUGCGUCCGCUAGUGCCUAGAAGGCGGACGGAGAGCUCAAGUCAGAGUGAUCCUGCUGCUAGAACUGAUUCAAGGUCGCCACCACCGACGUCACCGUCGCUCAACGAGAACAACUUUGCAAGCCUCAUCGGGAACAUUAUCAGGACUCCUGCGUUUGGCAACCUUGCACAGCAGAUGAUGCAAACUUUGGGAGAAGGCGGUGCUGGCUCGCAGAAUGUGGAUAUCGGGAGUAUAAUGCAGCCGAUGCUGAGAAGCGUCAUCCAGCAUCAGCAGCAGCAGCCUGCCAAUCCGGAAGUAAGAUUUUUUAUUUCUUCCCUGAUCGUUCUUCUGCUCAAACAGGUACCUGAGGCAACUGAUGCUCAAGAAAACGAUUCUAAUGUGACCAAGGCUCAGAACUCCACCGAUUCUUCUCUGGAGAAGCUCGAGAGAGGUGAGUCUGCUGAGGAGGUGGCGAGGAGUGUUGCGGAGGCCGCCGCAGACAACGCUGGCGUUUCUCUUAGUGAAGGCGAGCUCGUAGAACUAGCGAACGGCAUAGCGGACGAUUACAUAGCGUUGGUAUCUCAAGAUUUGGCUUCUCGAAUUUGACACGGCACGACUAUAUUACUUCUUAGCUCUCACCUUCGCUUUUCUCUCUUUUUGUUCUUGGGAUUUCCUUGUUCUUGGCAUUGGUAGCACAAUUUUUUUUUUCCUCAGUAUAUGUGCUUCAUGGUGAGUCGAAAGAUCAAUAACCAAGUUGUAAGUAUUUUGCUA